AUGGCGGAUAGACCUAUGCCCUCGUCCUUUGACGAGGACAAGGAAUACAACGAAACCGCCUCCCAGAAAGUAACCCGCAAGCUCCGCGAAGAACCUCUAAUCCCUCUCGGAACCCUCCUAACAUGCAUGGCCCUCUACAACGCCUGGCGCGCCAUGCGCCGCGGCGACCGAGCACAAGUACAACGCAUGUUCCGCGCACGCGUAGGCGCGCAAGCAUUCACCGUAAUGGCCAUGGUAGCAGGCGGCGCAUACUACGGCGCGGACCGGGAAAAGCGCAAAGAACUCGUCAAACUCGAAGCCCAACAACGCGCCGAAGAGCGACACCAGAAAUGGUUACAUGAAUUGGAGGUUCGAGAUGAAGAGGAGAAGCAGUUGAAAGCUGCUAUGAAACGACGGCAGGAUAGGGUGCAGCAGCGACGCGCUGAUGAGGAGAAGAGGGUGAGGGAGAGUGGUGGGGAGGUUGGGGAGGGGGAUGAGAAUGCGCCGAAGGCGGAAACGAAUUCUGAUGCUGAUGGUCAGGUACCAACGCAAGAGAAGAAAGAGGGUCCGGGGGUGUUAGGUGCGUUGUCGAGUGCUGGUGGUUGGUUUGGGACGGGAAAGAAUAGAAAUUCGAAACCAACAGAGGAAACAAAAGUCCAAGGGGCUAAGGAUGAAGAAAAGAGUACGGAAAAGAAGGUCGAAGCGGAAGUGCCUAAAAAGUGA